GUUAUCAUUCAGUCAUUCCCGUGAUUAACACGAGGUACUUUGAUGAGAACAUAGCCUACCAAUGGAUGAAAGCUUACUCACCCGUGAUCAAGCCUCCAGCAAAUCUCGCCGAAAUUCAGGAUGUUAUUUGCCCUGUCGAUACGUGCUAGCAAUGUUGGCUUGCGCAGGUUUUUCUGUGGUUUACCUGUUACGAGUGAACUUGAGUGUAGCUUUGGUUGCAAUGGUUAAUUCGACUUACGCUAAUUCGAAGGCUUCCGCGAAUAAUCCUGAAUGCCAAAGAAACACAUCAAAAACAUCUACAGAAAAGGAGGGAGAGUUUGAGUGGGAUCAGGAGACACAAGGACUCAUCUUGGGGUCAUUUUUCUAUGGUUAUAUUAUCACUCAAGUGCCUGGUGGCUGGUUAGCUGCACGAGUUGGGGCCAAGUACUUAUUUGGUUUUGGAGUACUUUGUACAUCAAUAUUGACAUUGUUUACCCCUGCUGCUGCAAAUCACAGUGUUGGGAUGUUUAUUCUAGUCAGAAUAUUGGAGGGGUUUGGAGAGGGUGUGACGUUCCCAGCCAUGCAUGCCAUGUGGAGUAACUGGGCUCCACCAUUAGAGAGAAGCAAGCUUUGCACCUUGUGUUAUUCAGGCCUUAGUAUUGGGACAGUAAUUGGCUUGCCAUUGGCUGGUGUGCUGUGCUCAUCUGAUCUUUGGGGAGGAUGGCCAUCUGUAUUUUAUAUUUUUGGAAUGUUAGGUAUUCUUUGGUUCAUUAUUUGGAUGAUCUUUGUUCAUGACAAACCAGCAAAUCACCCCAGAAUAUCUGAGAUGGAGAGAGAUUACAUCAUAUCAAGUAUAAGUUAUGGACAGGACAACAAGAAAAGAAAUUAUGGCACCCCUUGGCGUCAUAUAUGGACAUCACCAGCUGUUUGGGCCAUCAUUGUGGCACACUUUUGUAACAAUUGGGGUUUUUAUACUUUUCUUACCUGCUUGCCCUCUUACUUUAAAGAAGUUCUUAAUUUUUCAAUUUCUAAGAAUGGUUUUGUUUCUGCCAUUCCCUUUUUAUUAGCUUUUUUUGUUUCGGUUGGUGGGGGACAAGUGGCAGAUUGGUUGCGUUAUAACAAAAUAUUAACAACUGGAGAGGUUCGCAAAGUAUUUGGUACUGGAGGUUUUCUCAUUCCUACAUGUCUUAUGGUGUCAACAAGUUAUGUUGGUUGUGAUGACACAACUCUAGCUGUUGUUUUGUUCUCACUUGCUCUUGGAAUGUCAGCACUUAAUACAUCUAGCUAUAAUGUCAAU